AUGUCAGACACCGCAGUAGCAUCCGAAGCACCGGCGCCGGCGACACCCGCGAAGAAACCGAAAACAUCGGCGGGCGCCGGCAGCGCUGCCGCCAAGAAGCCGAAGGCGAAGCCCACCCAUCCUAAAACUUCCGAGAUGGUGAACAGCGCGAUCAAGGAGCUAAAGGAGAGGAGCGGCUCGUCGCUGCAGGCCAUCAAAAAGUACAUCGCCGCCCAGUACAAGGUAGACGCGGAGAAGAUGGCACCUUUCAUCAGGAAGUACCUGAAGAGCGCCGUCGAAUCCGGCGCGCUGAUCCAGACCAAGGGCAAGGGCGCGUCGGGCUCGUUCAAGCUCGAGUCGAAGUCGUCCGCGUCCAAGAAGCCCGCCGGCGGCAAGGGCGCCGCCGCGUCCGCCGCCUCCGCGAGGGCCAAGAAGGCCGCCUCCACCGCGGCCGCGGCCGGCGCGAAGGGCGGCAAGAAGGCCACCGCCGCGGCGGCCGCCUCGUCCCCGUCUCGGGCGAAGACCGCCGCCGCGACCGCCAGGGACAAGAAGGCCGCCGCGGCCAAGAGGAAGAAGCCGGCCGCGAAGAAGACCUCCGUCGCCGCCGCGUCCCCGGCCAAGGCCAAGGGGGCCGCCUCCAAGGCGAAGAAGACCGCCAAGCCGCCCACGAAGAAACCUAAAGCGCCGAAACCGAAGAAGGCCGCGCCCAAGUCGAAACCCGCCGCCAAGAAGGCCGCCGCUGCUAAAAAGUAAGCUCAGCUCCACUGGCUGCCGCCUUCGGCCUUCGUCGAACUGCUCGCUAAUCGCCGUACGUACGUGCGUGCCUGCCUGCCGCUCGCUGCUCGAUGCGGCGGACGGACGACGGAUCGGCGAUGAUGCGCGCGUUCAAGAGUUCUGCGUGCGGCUUUACAACCGCAACAAUAAAAAGCCCUUUUCAGGGCUAACACACAUUUCCUAGAUACCUACCGAAUAUAAUUG